GCUGAGCACAAGCAGUUGGCCGGCCAUCGCGACUAUCUGGCCAGCAUCGAGAAGGUAAUCCAGGAGGCGCAGGCACGAUCUGUGCUUCCUGUGCCCAAGGAGGCUGACCAGCCCCCGGAUCCCGUGGAGGUCAUGGCGUCCAUGGAGUCAUUCACCAAGUUGUUCGAGCGCGCCUCGGAGCAGUUCGGUGUGGACUUCAACGCCCAGGUCAGGCAGAUGUCAGAGAAGCACGACAAGCUCAAGUCUGAGGUUGCCUCGGCAAGCGCUGCUCCGAGGGGCGCUGCUGCUGCUGGGGCCCCUGAGGGCGCAGGAGGCGGCGCCGCUGCCGACGCCGCCAUGUCCGACGCCCCAGUUGAGCUUGACAUCGAAGAUCCUGACGUGGCCCAGCACUGCGCGGACGCAGGCGUGUCGGGCAUCGACAAGGCAUUCCUCAAGCGGCUCAUGGACGGGCCGCGUGGGCAAGGAGGCGAGAGUCGCGUAGCCGGCUCAGGCGACGGCGCUGGCGUUGGCAACGCCAGUGGACCAUCCGCGGCAGCGGGGGGCGGUGGCGAUGCUGGGUCCAUGAGUGCCAACGACUCGAGUUGGGCCUCGGGGCAAGGCCUUCUGGAGUGGGCGCGACUGGGGCAGGCAGACGGUCCUGCUGCGUUGCCGCAGGUGGUGUGCUUGCAGGAGCACCGCCUAAAGUCAAGCUCGACGGCGUCGGCGGCAAGUGAGCGGUGCACGAGGCGGGGCUACUCGCAGGCCCUGGCGCUUGCGGAGUCCACGGAAGAAGGAGCUCUGAACUCAAGCGGGGGCGUCUCGGUCUUGAGUCGGCUCCCAGCAGCGACGCACGGUGACACCUGUCACUUCCAGCUGCCCAGCCAUCGCGUGGUGUCCUUGGUAGUGAACGUGGGGUUGAAGAUUCCUCUCCACGUGGUCUCGCUCUACCUUGUCACGAGCGUUUGGAUGAGUACUGACAAAAUUGGGAUCCUGGCGGGGCGGCUCAUGAGCUACAUCGGGAGCUCGAGUGGCCCUUGGAUCGCUCUUGGUGAUUGGAACUUGCUGCCGGAACAGGUUCGGGAGUUGGCGUCUGCGGCGGAAGGCGGAGAUUGA